AUGCUGGAUUCGUCUCCCGAAGAUGAAGAUUUUCCUGGUAGACUUUUACACCAGUCUGCUCUAUGGGACAACACUGAAUUACUCGAAGAUCUCCUAGCAGGAGGACAACAAAAUUUUAUUAAUUCUCAAGACAGCUGGGGUAGGACUCCUCUACACGCGGCUGCUAUUACAGAUAAAUCCAAAUGUCUGCAAUUUCUUUUAAACUCUGGUGCAAAUGCCAACAUUCAUUGUGGUCCUAGAGGUGAAAACAAGACUCCUCUACAUCUAGCCGCCGAACAUGGUCAUGUACAAAACAUUCUAAUCUUGCUACAACACGACGGUGAUAUUUCAAUAAGAGAUAUCAAUGGAAUGACUGCUAUUGAUUUAGCAGAAAAAAACAGACAUGCUAAAUGUGUGAUGGUUCUUAAAGAAGCUGCAGAUGAGAAAGAGAAAGCUAGACUGGAAAUUCACGCUGCUAUAAGAGAUGCAGUCAAUCAAGGCGACAAAAACUCUGUCCAGCAAAUUCUUCAAUCCGUACAAAAAGAUGCCGAACUUAUUGUUAACAUGGCACCGAGUGGUGCAAAUACUUUAUUAUUUACAGCUUGCCAAAUAGGAAACAAAGAAAUCGUGAAAAUACUACUAGAAAACGGAGCUGAUGGUAGAUGUCAUCCUGUAACGAAAUACUCACCCCUUUACAUAGCCUGUUAUAGCGGUCACAAAGAUAUUGUAGAAUUGCUACUGUUGAAAUUUCCGGAACUAGUACAAAUUCACACUGUAGAAAGAUGGUUGCCGAUACAUGCUUGCUGUAUAAAUGGCUACGUCGGCGUUUUGGAACUUUUAUUUCAUUUCCCGUAUCCGAUUCAAGUGCUCAGAAAGUACCGUGACAAAUCCGAACAAUGGGAAUACUUGAUGCCCUUUGACAUAAACGAAAGAGACGCCACCGGACAAAAUAUACUGUACGUUGCCUCUUUACUUGGCAACAAGAAAUUGUUAGAUGUGAUAUUGAAAUUCAGAGUGAAAGCUACUCGGAUAUCAUCGGAAGAUGAUGAUGUUACCCCUAGUUCAGAAGUUAGCGUCGUGACGAGCCCGCUUAAAAGAAGGAUUUCCGAUGGAAUCAUUUCCAUUAUGUCGAAAUUGAAUUUUUCUGUGGAAAAUUCGCCGGAGAAUUCGCCAGAUAAUGAUCCCAACACAAAGAUGAUUUGCCCCUUGCGAAUCGAUACUUAUUGCAACAACAACACAGAAACCGCCCUGCACGCCUCGAUUAAAGGCAAACAUUACGAUAUUACUCUGGCUUUGUUGAACAACGGAGCUAAUCCUAACGCUGUAAUUAAAGCCUAUCAUGAUAUUAACGAUACUUUGAUUUGCUGUUCCGUGGAAGAUGAUACGAAUUAUGGCCAAUCUACAGCAUUGGUAGAAGCUUGUAAAAAUCGAGACGUUCCAGUUGUUGAUUUGUUGCUUAAAAACGGGGCCAGAGAUGACGAGUGCAAGGCUUUGUCUAUUGCUGUUGACAACAACGACGAAACUCUAAUUGCCAAACUUUUAUCAAUUAAGGCUCAUCCGGAUCCGGAAUACAAAAUAAACAAAAAAGCGAUGACGGAGAACGUGAAUUCCUCGCAGUUUACGAUAUUUUCGAACGUUAGCAAUCUCACUUAUUCGUCGUUGUUUCCCAAUACGCCGACGAUGAUCAAUUGGCACAAUCAAAAGUGCAAUUUGACGCAAAUCAAAACGCAAUGGUUAAUCGACGCCUCGCUCCAUUUGAACCCGAAACUGAAGCAGAAUCCCAGGAAUUACGACAUAUCUUUAUACGCCAUUACGAGAUUGGAUUUGUCUAACAACAAUUUAACGUCUGUACCGUUGGCGAUAUUCCAACUCUACAGCUUAAGGUUUCUCAGUUUAGCCCAGAACAAAAUCGAAAAAUUACCCGUUCCGGUGGUUUCGCCUGUGAAAAAAACCAGCAGGAAGAAACACGCGAGUCCUGAUGAACAAUCGUACUGUUGUCCCGUGUUGGAGGAACUCUACCUGCAGGACAACAGGCUCGAUCAAAUUCCCGAUGCGAUUUUCAAACUACCCUCUUUGGUCACUCUGACGGUAUCGAACAAUAAAUUACAAAAACUACCCUUCGAGGUGUGGCUGGCGCCCAAGCUUAAGGAGUUGAAUGCCGCUUUUAAUUUAAUCAAAGAGCUGCCCGCGUAUCCUGCCGAGUGUAAAGAAGAUUUCGAUAAAAUGAGCGUAAGUUCCAGCGACAGUCAAUUAUCUAGUCACAAUGAGCAAGAUUCCGAAUCGGAGUUGUCGGAUUUCGAUAUAGAAACCAAGUUGAAUUUAAAAGAGGAUGGAAUUCACGCAGUUCGGUACAGGAAGAAAGAGAGGUCGUAUAUCCAAAUGGACUUAGUCAAACACCACAUAUGGAACAAAAGCGUAGAAGUAACCGAGCAAAUUCUCCACAACGACGACACGUCAUCGGAGCACUCCUCCCAACUAUCCUCGCUGAAUUUGGCGCACAAUCUCUUCACCGGCAUCCCCGUGGUGUUGCCGUGCUUGGCCGUCAAUUUGACGCGGCUCAAUAUGGCGUUCAAUUCGCUGAGAUCCAUGUCGCACAUCACCAGCUAUCCCAGUUCGCUGAAGCAGCUCGAUUUGAGCCACAACCAGAUCUCCGUGUGGCCCAGCUUGCCGCAGAUCGAGACCUGCGAUACCAUGGAACUGGCCAAUUUGACUUGCUACAUGUCGGGGACCGGGUUCAGGGGAAAAACACCGGAUGUUAUAAUAAGGAGACAGCCUGGUAGGUCUUUAAGACACAGCGUGCUGCAUUCGGUGUGUUCUCACAGAAGACACUUGAGAUUGGAUAAUUUAAGAACGCUGAUUUUGGCUGAUAAUCAGUUGGUAAGAAUACAAUUGGCUACUGACGAUGAUGGAGAUAUUAGUAGCACCGAUGAUGAAGAUGUUGAAAGGGGUUCUCAGUUGGGGAAAUCUCGUCUCAUGUUUCCCAAUUUAUCCAUGUUGGAUGUGAGCAAUAAUAAUCUGAAGGAGAUUCCUAUGAACAUCAACGAUCUCAGCAAUCUGUCCGUACUAAACAUCAGUGGGAAUUUGGAUAUUAACGAACUCCCCCCUCAGAUGGGUUUGCUGUCACGCUUGUGGAAUUUGAAUACACGCGGUACGAACUUACAGGAUCCGCUCAAGUCGAUGAUAGAAAGCAAAAAAUACAAAACCAUGGACAUCAUCGGCUAUUUGAAAUCCGUCCUAGAAGACGCUAAACCCUACGCCCGAAUGAAAUUGAUGAUAGUCGGCGUCCAGGGCAUCGGAAAGACCAGUUUAUUGGACCAGCUAAGGCAAGAAGGCGUCACGAGACGGAGACCCGAGCAUUGGGCUAAGCGAAUGGGUAAUAAGAACAUCAACGCGAAAACGUCGCGAGGGACGAACAUGUCCACCGUUGGCGUGGAUAUCGGCGAUUGGGUCUACGAAAAGAAAGCGAGAUUGCAAUCGUCCCACGGUCCAGUAAUAUUUAGAACGUGGGACUUUGGCGGGCAGAAAGAAUACUACGCGACGCAUCAGUAUUUCUUAUCGAAGCGUAGUUUGUAUUUGGUGGUUUGGAGGAUUACGGACGGUCAUAGGGGUAUAAACGAAAUUCUCCAAUGGCUCGUUAACAUACAAGCCCGCGCGCCGAAUUCGCCGGUAAUAAUAGUGGGCACUCAUUACGACGUCAUACAAGAAUUUAAUCCGAACAUAUCCGAAGAGUAUCAACAGAUUAUCAGAGACAGGUUUAUAAAUGUCGUAGAUGCCGAGAAAUGCGGCUUGCCUCGAGUAUUGGACACCAUUGAGAUUAGCUGCAAAACGAGGCAUAACGUCAAAUUGCUGUGCAAUUUGAUUUACGAUACGGUAUUCAGUUUACGUCCUCCGGGUAGUAAAGAGUUACUGCUGGAACAGAAGGUUCCUGCAACGUAUUUGGCUUUGGAGGACGUUAUAAAUUACAUAGCAGCCGAAAGGAAAGCCAAUAGCCUCGAUCCUGUGCUAAACGCGGAUCAAUACAGGAAUUUAGUUACCACCGAAAUGCUACAGAGAUAUAACAAAACCUUCAGAGAUUGGUCGGAGUUACAUCAGGCUACUUUGUUUUUACACGAAAACGGUGUUUUGUUACACUACGAUGACGCUACGUUGAAAGAUUUGUACUUUUUGGACCCGCAAUGGCUCUGCGAUAUGCUAGCGCAUGUAGUAACUAUACGAGAGAUAAACCCUUUCGCCAGGACGGGAGUUAUGAAACUGGAAGAUUUAAAGCACAUUUUCAAAGCCAGCAAUAUUGGUCAAUUAGAUACUAGAGGUUACAUCGUUAAUCUUCUUAACAAAUUCGAAGUGGCUAUAACGUGGGAUUCCAGGACGCUUCUCAUACCGUCCCUUCUACCUUCCGAGGAAGAUAUCAUCAUGGCGCAAUUGUAUCCAGGGCAAUUCCAUCCCAUGGUUAAGGUGAAAGUGCCUUUGAGGUCGCGCGGAUGGGCCGUGAGGAGCAAGAAGAUAAGCGUAUCGCCGAAAUCCGUAUUAUACAGCGAUCCAGGAGUUCGAAAAACCUUCGAAUUAAGUCUACCACCUGGCAAACACUCCGCGGAAAGAUGCACCGAACCACCGGAUAAACCCCAGUACCAAAUCAAAUCGAAAUCGUCGGACAGAUCGAUGAGUCGAUUACUGUUGAUGUCGUAUUUCCCGUCCGGGUUUUGGUCCCGACUGAUAUCGCGCAUUCUCGCCGACGAUACCAUCAUCGAUAUCAUACGGUCGUUUUUCAUCGCGCCCAAAGACGUGGCGCAGGACGUCGAAUUGGCCAAAGUGUUGGAUCUGAAGGCGGAAUGGGUGCUGUGGCAGACGGGGUUGCAAUUGAAAUACGGCGACGUGACUUUGUUCAGAAUGAAGGAGGUGUUGCACAAUUCGGCGGCGUUUUACAGGCAGUUGAAGUUUCGUUUGAAACAAGAAGGUGUUUGGACGGAUGUGGAUCUCAUAAACUCGUCGAUAUUAGAAAUCCAUUUUCCGGUGGAAUAUUUAGCAGUACAACCGAUUCUGACCGAAUCCUGCAACGUCGAUAAUUAUAAAAUCAAGGACGAAUUGAUCAUCGAGCCGUCUAUGGAAUGCACGGCGCAAUUGUUGGCAUUGACUGUGGAUCACAUCGAUAUUCUACUGGAAGAUUGGUAUCCUACGUUAGGGACGAGAUUCGUUCACACGUCUGAAGGAAAAUUCCUCAUAACUCGUUUAAUACCGUGUCCGACAUGUUUGGUUGUUUCCGACAACGAACGCAACUUGUGCGAAUUUCCUUCUUCCCACGGACAUUAUUUGGAGCCUCAGGAGCACGAUCAAUCUAGUUUGUAUAGAAUUCGAAAAUCUCAAGAAUCCUGCACGUCCGAAUGCGAUAGCGGCGUUGGUCCUGAUUCGACAAGUUCCAGUCGCAUACCUUCCGUCGAAGGACAUCCUGCCGUAUCACAGGACGAUGAUAAACCGUUAAUUUAUUCCUGGAUGGUAGAGGAGUGCAUUUUGGAGGCGUACGGCAGCAAAAAAGUGAAUUGUCCAACUCACGGAGAUUGUCCGUUAUCUCGAAUCGCUUGCGAUACUAUAUUUAUGGAUUUGGGCGAAAGGUACAUAAUUAGACCGGAGAAUAUAAAAAAAGGUAGACUGUUGGGUAGAGGAGCGUUCGGAUUCGUAUUCAAAGGUACUUGCAAACUACGAGGAUCGAACACCACAAUGGAUGUUGCUAUGAAAAUGCUUCAGCCCGUCCAACCCGGACCUAACGCUCGUCAGUCCGCAGUAAUAGCAUUUAAAGCCGCGCAAGGGAAAUGGGAUAGAGAUCCGCUGCAAUACGCCUGCAAAGCUUAUUGCACGGCCAGACAAGAGCUCAAUAUUUUAUUAAGUCUUAAACAUCCGAACAUUGUACCGUUCGUCGGCGUUUGUACUAGCCCUUUGGCUUUGGUCCUGGAUUUGGCGCCUCAGGGAGCGCUAGAUUUGGUUUUAAGGCAUUACAGAAGGUCCGGCGCCAAGGUGGGCCCCUACACUCUACAGGCCAUCAUUCUACAAGUCGCUAAAGCCAUAGAAUAUUUACACAGGCAGCACAUCAUCUACAGGGAUCUUAAAUCCGAGAACGUAUUGGUGUGGGAAAUGCCGCCGCCUUUUAUGGAUCAUCCCGAUCAGCCCGUUCUUAUUAAAGUAGCCGAUUAUGGUAUAAGUAGAUUGACUUUACCUUCCGGUACCAAAGGUUUCGGCGGUACAGAAGGUUUCAUGGCGCCCGAAAUAAUGAGAUACAACGGCGAAGAAGAGUACACGGAAAAAGUAGAUUGUUUCUCCUUCGGCAUGUUUAUAUACGAGCUACUUACGUUGCAUCAACCGUUCGAAGGACACGAAUCCGUCAAGGAAUGCAUCUUGGAAGGCGGUAGACCAGCCCUAACGUACAGAGAAACGUUAUAUCCCAGUUACUUCUUGGAUUUGAUGGUUCUGUGCUGGUCGCAACAGCCCAAAGACAGACCGUCGGCCAGUCAAAUAGUCUCCAUAGCCAGCGCUCCCGAGUUCACGCACCUCUGCGACGUGGUGUCCCUGAAGCACGUGGCGCCCGUAGUGGCUUGCACCAGCGCCGCUCUGACUCACAUCACGGACGACGGUCUCUCCGGCUCGGAAAUGUGGUUGAUGUGCGCCAAUUCGCGCAUCGAUUUACUGCUGGCGGCGGAAAGGGGAUGGCUCCAAUACCACACUAUGACUUUACCCAUACGAGCCACGGCCGCUUGUACCGUAGGAGAUUCCGUUUGGAUAGGCGAUUACUCUGGAAAAUUGCACGCUUACUCGACGAGCGAUGGUAGGAAGUUGUUUUUCUAUACGCUGGAGAAUCAACCGCACGCACAGGUGGAAUGUUUGUUGUAUUUGCCGUCGCUGAAGAGGGUGGCGUGCGCGUUGUCUAACGGUAGACUGUUUUUGGUCAAUUCAGAAACUAAACCUUUGACGCCCACUGCUGCAGAAGGUUCCUUCGUUAUGACUGAACUCGGUUCGACGUCUGUCAUUAAUUGUAUGUGCGCCGUAACUGACAAGAAAGAAAGUUGCUGCGAACUUUGGUGCGGAGAAUCGGACGGACAAAUAUCGAUCUAUUCGAUAAAAGACAACGUGGUGGCCGGUCACGAAAUCGUCAAUCAUUAUCAACCGAUCAUCGAUAAGGUGGACGUGAUGAACAUCAUUUCCGUGGAUUCGCACGUGUGGUCGUACGUUCGACCCGGUUGUAUCGUUUACCAAUGGGACUCCACCUCCAAAACCAUCGUAAACAAAUUGGAUUGUUCGAAGUUGGUGCCGUGUUCCGAAAGCCUGAAGAGCAUCGCCAUCGAGGAGCACCUGAGUCCUACUAAUUGCCAGGUGACUAGUCUUGUUGCUCUAAACGAUGAACUCUACAUAGGAACCACUUGGGGUUGUGUGAUUAUAGCCGAAAGGUUCAGUUUGCGUCCCAUAACGAUAUUUAGGCCGUACGAAGAGGAGGUUAGGGCUAUAGUACCGUUGCGCGCCGGCUCGAAAUCCGCUCAAGGGAACCAGGAGAAAGUACCGCUGAUUGCGACUAUCGGUAGGGGUUAUAGGAAUCUGUUAUCUAGAUAUACGGAUGUUCCGUUUGCGACGAAUACUCCUUUACCUAGUCCCAUGGUAGGAGCUUUUGGGCCCCCGUGCGUUAAACCAAAUAUGUUCGUUUUGCUCUGGAGGGCGGAGCACUGGAGCGCCGUUUAA